UAGACGUAGGACGAAUUUGUUGACCUCCACCAAUCAACUUUCGCCACGCCGUUUCAGCCGUUUUAAUAAACCUUUUUCCACCGGCAUUGAAGUAGUUUUGUGACAAACGUGAGAAAAUACAGAUAGAUUUGUGGUACAAGUUUCUCGUGCUCUUUUGAUAUACGUGUGCUUUCCAUUGAUUCUUUUCGAUUGAGUCUUUUUCCCUGAAAGUGAGAAUUAUAAACAACCAGAUAUGAAGAUCGUUACGAGGUUAGCAGCAUUAUUGCUGCUUGUGAUAACAUUGGUUUCUUCCAAAAGUGAAGAUAAAGAAAGUUUGGGUACGGUUAUAGGAAUUGAUCUUGGAACCACUUACUCAUGCGUUGGUGUCUUUAAAAAUGGUCGUGUAGAAAUCAUUGCUAAUGAUCAGGGUAAUCGAAUUACACCUUCUUAUGUUGCCUUUACUGCUGAAGGAGAACGAUUAAUUGGAGAUGCUGCUAAGAAUCAACUGACCUCUAAUCCUGAAAACACAGUUUUUGAUGCUAAGCGUCUUAUUGGAAGAGAAUGGUCAGAUCCGACUGUCCAAAAAGAUAUUAAAUACUUCCCAUUUAAGGUUAUUGAAAAAAACAGCAAGCCACACAUUAGGGUACAAACCAAGGAUGGCGAGAAGACUUUUGCUCCUGAAGAAAUUUCUGCCAUGGUGUUAUCAAAGAUGAAGGAAACGGCUGAAGCUUAUUUGGGAAAGAAAAUAAAGAAUGCUGUCGUUACUGUCCCGGCUUAUUUCAAUGAUGCCCAGCGACAGGCUACUAAAGAUGCUGGUGUCAUUGCUGGAUUGAAUGUUCUCCGAAUCAUAAAUGAGCCAACUGCUGCUGCCAUUGCUUAUGGCCUCGACAAAAAGGAAGGCGAAAAGAAUAUCUUGGUUUUUGAUUUGGGAGGUGGUACUUUUGAUGUAUCCUUGCUUACCAUUGAUAACGGUGUCUUUGAAGUAGUAGCUACAAAUGGAGACACUCAUCUUGGUGGUGAAGAUUUUGACCAGCGAGUUAUGGAACAUUUUAUUAAGAUAUACAAAAAGAAGACUGGGCAUGAUAUUAGAGGAGAUAAUCGAGCUGUACAGAAACUAAGACGUGAAGUUGAGAAGGCUAAGAGAACUUUAUCUACUGCUCAUCAAGCUAGAAUUGAGAUUGAAUCUUUUUACAAAGGAGAAGAUUUCAGUGAAACGUUAACAAGAGCCAAAUUCGAAGAACUUAAUAUGGACUUAUUCAGAUCUACCAUGAAACCAGUUCAGAAAGUACUCGAAGAUGGUGAUUUACAGAAAAAGGAUGUUGAUGAAAUUGUUCUUGUUGGUGGCUCUACUCGUAUUCCCAAGAUUCAGCAACUGGUCAAAGAAUUCUUUAAUGGCAAGGAGCCAACUCGAGGCAUCAACCCUGAUGAAGCUGUUGCAUAUGGUGCUGCUGUUCAAGCUGGUGUAUUAAGUGGUGAUGAAGAUACAGGUGAAUUGGUUCUUCUGGAUGUAAACCCUUUGACUCUUGGAAUUGAAACUGUUGGUGGAGUAAUGACAAAAUUGAUCCCAAGGAACUCUGUCAUUCCUACCAAGAAAGCCCAAAUUUUCUCGACUGCUUCUGACAACCAAAAUACUGUAACCAUUAAGGUCUAUGAAGGAGAACGUCCUAUGACUAAGGAUAACCAUCUCCUUGGUUCCUUUGAUUUAACUGGUAUUCCUCCAGCACCACGAGGUGUCCCUCAGAUUGAAGUGACCUUUGAAAUUGAUGUUAAUGGCAUCCUGAAGGUUUCAGCAGAAGAUAAAGGAACUGGGAACAAGGAAAAGAUCACCAUUACUAAUGAUCACAAUAGGUUGAGUCCUGAACAGAUUGAAAAAAUGAUCAAAGAUGCUGAACAGUUUGCUGAGGAUGACAAGAAAAUCAAAGAAAAGGUUGAGGCCAAGAAUGAAUUAGAAUCGUAUGUCUACUCAUUAAAGAAUCAGCUUGGUGACAAGGAGAAAAUGGGUGGAAAGUUGAGCGAUGCUGAUAAGGAAAAGAUUGAAGAGGCCUUGGAAGAAAAAAUCAAAUGGAUGGAAAGCAAUCCAGAUGCUGAUGCAGAAGAAUACAAGUCGCAGAAGAAAGAGGUUGAAGAAAUUGUUACUCCCAUCGUUUCUAAGCUAUACGGUGAUGGUGGUGCACCACCACCUCCACAGUCGGAUGAUGAAGACCUUAAGGAUGAAUUAUAAGAACUAAUUUUUUAAUUUAAUAGUUUUUGAAAUAUGGACUUGUAAAAGGACUCGAUUCUUCACCUUUCAGUCAUGGACUUGUACAUUCAUCUGACACUUGUCCACAUCAUCUGUAGGUUUUGUACAUAGAUCAGAUCAUAUGAACUAUUUAUACAACUUUUUGUUUUUUAUGUUAAGUUAUUGAAAUAAAGAAAGUUGUUUUAUAA